AUGGACCAGCCAGAGCGCAGACCACUUAUCCAGAAGCCCGGUGGAGAAGAGGUAGAGGACAGAGAGAAUGGCUCGCGCCGAGGGUUGCACGGCGCCAGUCCGCUUAGUAUUGCGGUGGCACUAUUUGGCGUCUUCUUGGCCGGCGGAGAUGAGUCGUUGGUCAUCUCCAUGUAUGGCGAAGUGGCAUCUGAAUUCCAAAAUCUGACAGACGGCCCUUGGCUUAUGACGGGCUAUACUUUGGGAUAUUGUGUCGCCUUACCUCUGUACGGAAGGUUGAGUGAUAUCUACGGCCGUAAAAGACCUCUCUUAGCGGCCUAUUGUCUGUAUUGUAUUGGUUGCCUCACUUCGGGAACCGCCGUCGGUCUUUGGCAGGCCAUCGCCGGCAGGGUUGUGAAUGGUAUCGGCGGGGCAGGAAUGGUAGCCCUCAUUUCAGUCAUUAUAACCGAUAUUGCAACUUUGGAGCAGGUGGCUGUUCUUCGAAGCUAUGUCAAUGUUGCAGCUGUCGCAGGUCGUAGUGCUGGCCCUCCUCUCGGAGGCUUCUUGGCAGAUACGAUUGGAUGGAGAUGGGCCUUUCUUGCACAGGCACCGAUUGCAUUACUAUGUUUGGUACUUGCUAAAUACACGCUUCCCUCUGGGCCUGCCCAGUCUCACAAUGAGCAUUCAUGUCGGUCUUCCAAAAGGGCAAAGUGGAAGGAUGUUGAUUUCCUUGGUGUGAUAACAUUCGUCAUCAGCAUGGUUUCAUUUCUCCUUUUUCUUGAUCUUGGAGGUCAAAAGCUACCGUGGAGCCAUCCUGUUGUUAUUGCGUUAAUAGCUGCUUGCAGUGUUUGCAGCUUGGCAUUCGUCUUAAUUGAGAAGUUUUGGGCCGUAAAGCCCCUAAUCCCCUUGUGGUUGAUCAGAGAAAAUGGAGUCGGGAUCUCUUGUUUGGUUCAAAUUCUCGUUUUCUGGGGUCGACUCGCGACCUUAUCACAUCUUGCAACAUUCUACAUACGAACAAUGGAUGCCACCAACACUGUCGCUGCUGCUUUCAUUGUCCCUUCAAGUGUGGGUAAUGCUGUUGGAGCGCUGCUUUCCGGAGCAGUCAUCAGUAGGACAUUUCGUUAUAAGACCCUAUCUGCUAUUACAAUAAUAGUGGCCUGCAUCAGCUAUACUCUCGUCGUUUUGCGAUGGCGCCAUGGCGCCAAUAUUUUCGAGUCAUUCUAUAUAUUUCCCGUCGGUGUCACUUUUGGAAUGGUCUUGUCUGCCCAGUUCGUUGGGCUCUCAGCAAGUGCACCAACAGCCCAAAAGGCCAUCGCUAUAAGUAUGUAUUAUUUGAGCCAGCAAGUCGGGACCGUCAUUGGAAUUGGGAGUGCGGCAACUCUUUUACGGGCAGACUUCCGGAGCAGGUUAUUUGAGAGACUUGUCGGCUUUCCCGAAAGAGAUCAGCUGAUCCAGGGGAUACUUGAUGAUGCUAGGUUCGCAGCAACCCUGCCUGCCAAGCUGAAAUCUGUAGUGCGAACAGAGUAUCUGCAAAGUUUCCAAUUAGUUCCGAUCAUGUCACUUGUCACUACCGCCUUAGCUUUACCUCUGAUAUUGUGGCUUAGGGAGCAUCCAUUGAGGUAGAGAAGUAUCAGUGUGCAUUGAGAGACAUUCUCACGCUUCUUCGUCUGCAUGGUGCCAUACUCCUGCGUACUCGCUACGAGGUAGAGAUUUGUCUCAGCUGUAUCAACUUUGCAUAUUAGACGGGCAUAAUAUUCUUAGCCAAGAUAGAUUGUGUAUACGACGGGUUACUGGAUGGAUUGAUAUUAUACGAAGCUUUUGUGCAAAUAAAGAUAACGACAUGCU